AUGUCCUUCUACGCCACUCCACACCAGCAGCGCCAUCUGCGCGCAUGCAUGGUCUGCUCCAUCGUUCAGUCUUAUUCAAAAUUCCAAAAAGAUGGCUGUCCCAACUGCGAAACUAGCCUCGAACUCCGCGGAAGCGCCGAUGCGAUCGCAGAAUGCACAUCCCAGGUCUUUGAAGGCUUAAUCGCCAUUCGCGAUCCGACUGUCAGCUGGGUGGCACGCUGGCAGCGUUUGGAUAACUAUGUGCCGGGAACAUAUGCGACAAAGGUGUCGGGCACUCUCCCGGACGACAUGAUUGGCAGAUUGGAGGACUCAGGCGUAAGAUAUGUUCCGCGCGACGGAAGUACCGGCGAAGAGGAUGCGUAG